UUGACAUAUACGACAUCCGGGCUCCCAGCUGGCAGGACGUGCUGCCAGCGUUUUUCACUUGAUCCCGUAAUCAAAAGAAUCCACUACACUGGGAGUUUGUAACUUUCACAACUCUUAAAAAUGGCAUCACCGCGUACCAGAAGAAAACUUAACUCUAUACGAACUAUAGACGAAAACCAUAAAUGUUUCGAAUGCGGCACUCUGAACCCGCAAUGGGCGUCAGUGACGUAUGGCAUUUGGAUUUGCCUGGAAUGCUCAGGGGUGCACCGCAGCCUUGGGGUUCAUCUAUCCUUCGUUAGAUCGGUUACUAUGGAUAAAUGGAAAGACAUAGAACUAGAAAAGAUGAUGGUCGGAGGGAACCUCAAAGCGCGCGAGUUCUUCGAGAGCCAAUCCGACGUUAAGCAGAACAUGACCAUUCCUCAGAAAUACAACACCAGAGCCGCGGCCAUGUACCGGACCAAGGUCGCGGCACUGGCUGAGGGCCGACCUUGGAGCCCUGAGGACUACAAACCGGAGGUGACCGAGCGGCCUGCGGAAUACGCCGCAUCACAGAACUCCUACUCUUCUGGAGACAACACUUUCCACACCAGUGGAUCUGAUAACAAUAUCAGCUACCACAGUGAGUAUGGAAGCGGGCGUUACACCGGUUUUGGGAACACCACUAAGCCCGCCUCGACGCCGAUGUCACCGAUGCACAGCGGCAACGAAAUGGUUGACAACACGCUCGCUUCGCUUGCUUCGCGGCUACCAUUGGCUUCAACUGGCUACGAGCGGUCCCUUUCUGGAUACGACGAAAUUGAAGAUGGCGAGCCGUAA